AUAGCGAUACCAUAAACCACUAUUUACUUCAGAUAAAUAAUUAUCACGAGUACCUCUAUGAAAAUUUUUAGUUAAUUUUGGCUUUGGUCGUGCAAUGUGAAUCCCAUCAGUGUCUGCACUUCAACGGGUUUUUUACACACGUAUCUGAACUAUGGCCAACAAUACGACCCUAUACGUAGCUGGAGGAGCAACUGCAGCCACUAUAUUAGGUGCACUGAUUUACUGGAGAAAGAGGAAGGAAAUUAUUCCGUGGACAUGGGAAGAAGUUGGCUCAUUGAAAGAAAUUGAUCUCUAUCCACUGAAGAGUGGACAUAGAAUUGAAUUGAACAGAGCUGAUGUAACUGAACUUGGACUCAGGCAGGCUCCUGAGGACCAGAAGGGGUUGCUAUUGAGGGAUAGGUUUUUGGUUGUGUACUCUGAUAAAGAAAAUGAAUUCCGUACGGCUCGUACCUACCCCAAAAUGGUACUAAUUGACGUUGCGGCUCACGAUGCUGAACACGUAUCGCUCGAUGCUCCGACAAUGAGGCCUCUGUAUGUGAGAAUACCCCCUCAAAAACCUCAUAAGGAAGUCCAAGUCACGUUGUUUCAAGGUGAAGUUGUGAAUGGCAUCGAUUGUGGAGAUGAGGCAGCCUUAUGGCUGUCUCGAUAUAUCCUAGAGAAAGAUUCUGGGUUACGGUUAGCCUACAAUGACUGCUCUAAACGCAGAGAGUUGGACAAGUACCAAUCCAAAUUAAUGAAGUUCUACAAAAAUCUCACAAACUUUUCAGGAGGAUUGUAUCAAGAUCUCACCAGCGUUAUGAUGGUGAACAAGAAUUCGGUUCUAGACCUGAAUGAAAGGAUGAACAACUACCAAGUAACCCCGAAGAAUUUUCGGCAGAAUCUUCUGGUAGAAGGUCCACCGGCCUACGAUGAAGACAAAUGGGAAUGGGUGAAGAUUGGAAACGUCGUUUUUAGAAGCGUAGCAGAAUGUACUAGAUGCAUUAUGACUACCAUUGAUCCCGAGAAUGGUAUCAGAAGCUCGAAUAGAGAACCACUUAAGACUUUAGAGCAGUAAGUACUUCGUAAUGUCAAACUUCUCUAAAUUAUCCAAAUCGAGUCAUCGGAUAAACAUUUUCCACCAGACCAGUUAGAGUGAAAUUGAACAUCUUAUUCAAGAAGGCGAUGACGUUUUCUUUUUAUUAAAACGCUUUUAUUAGCUUGGCAUGUAUGUGUGUAUGUAUUUAACGGAAUCUUUGAGCAUAAUUUUCACCAAUUUCCAGAAGUUCGAGUAAUUCGAAACUUCGCACACGCAUCAAGGACCGAUGACAGUGCAAUAAUUUGAUAACAAUUUCCCAUUAUCCUGAUUAAGACCGCCAGGAUUGAUAAAUUAUUUUAUAGAUCCUCUCUAGGGGAGUAAGAGAGACAGAGCUAGCGCGCGAUCUGCGUAUGCGUGCAGUUUCAGACUUCUGGCACUCGGCACAGCACAACGGGGGCAGAUACUUUUUCAAGGUAGUACAUGCCCACCUUGUUCAUUGCGAAACAAGAUGCAAGGGUGUACAGUCGAUCAUGCAGUCAUUUAUCUAAGCUCGCGACUGUUUCCUAUUGGACAAGCUUAUGUAGCACUUAGUCGUGUAAUAUCUUCAGACUGUAUUGAAGAUUGAAGAAUCUGAUUGCUCUAAGUUAACAGGAACUAGAAAGUAGAAAAUAAUUUUUAAUUACAAGCAGUUUAUAUUACAGUAGUAGAUGGUCGU